UCGCUUGCGCGCACGCGCAUUGGAGGCAUGGUUCGCUUGGCAUUCUGGGAGCUGUAGUGUUCAGCUCCCGAGUCUCCCGUGGGGGACUGGAGAUUUCGCGCAGAAGCGGGCUGACGACUGGCUUGGUAUGUGAUUGGCUGGCUGGAAAAAUGAAAAGUCCUGGCGGUCCAGGACGGAGAUCUCCGAGGAGAUGGGGCGGGACUCCGUGUGGGGGGAGGCGGAGCCUGUGGGCUUUGGGCGCGAGCUGUUGAAAGGCAGUUGGUGCGGGUUCGGUUGCCCGGUCCGGUCCAGCUGCUCAGGUCCCUGCCUCGGUCCAGCCACCAUGGCCGACCCUGAAGAGUUUCGGGCAUCUUCGCCGCCGCCGCCGCCUCCCUCGUCUCCUUCUUCAGGCGCCUCUUCGUCCUCCCUCAGCAUGCCAGUGAGUUUGGGCUGGCGGGGUCCGAGUCGGAACCACGGCCCAACGGUGGACCCGCUGGAGCAAGUGGAGCUGCAGAUCGGAGACGCGGCUUUUUCAUUAACUAAACUCCUUGAAGCCACAUCUGCGGUAUCAGCUCAAGUGGAAGAGCUUGCUCUGAAAUGUACAGAAAAUGCGCGUUUCCUUAAAACGUGGCGGGACCUCCUAAAAGAAGGUUACGAUUCUUUGAAACCCGACAACUGACUGGCAGGCGCAGUUGCUUAAUGACUCACACAUAAGAUAUUUGCACAUGGACCACAUUUAUGAAGCCAUCUGUCUCCAGACAUUUAUACUAAGAAUGAAAUUUUCCUUGAUAUUUUGGACUUUUGUGAAAGCAGAAUACUGAAGACCUUUUUUGUUUGCGUGUGUGUUUUCUCUGAUAGGACAGUAUUUACCUUAAAUACUUUGUGCCCUUGAAACUUUUGUAGACUCCUUGGUGAAAGCCAUGCCCACCAUUAAAUAAUUGAUUACAGUGGUGCCUCCGUCCGUGCAACCAGAUCGUUAUUUGUUUUGUGAGGUGAUGACAAAAUGGCUGAGCCUGGAGUUGAGCUGGGGAUGAAGAUUUCAGGGGAGGGUCCAGCUCCACAGGACACCCACCCUAAAACCAGUGAUGGCGCUUUGCUUACGCCCUCAUCCCGGUACACAAGGCCACGCCACACGGCAUCACUGUCCUCAGAUAGAACUUGACUAUAGUUAAAAGCUGCUGUGCUUGCUGUGUUUCAGGAUAAAGACUGUUUCUCCAAGAAAACUGUAUGAAUCUAAACUUCUUUGGCUUGAAGGAAAGUAUUGUAUUUUUAAAUGGGAAUUUGACUUCUUAUUUUUCUGUCUUGAGACAGUCUCCCUGUGAAGGCCAGGCUCUUAGUCUGUUAAGUGCCAGGACUACAGGUGUGGAACACUGAACCCAGUAGAGGUUUUAUAUUUGGUGGUGACUUUUAAAAUAUGUUCUUCCCACUAAAAGUUUUUCUUCGUAAAAUGAAAACUGUUUAUAGAAUACAUUCUUUUGUCUAUUUUUGUAGUUAACUGCAUUCAUAGUUAAUAUUUCUCUUAUUGUUGGUGUUCUAUAUGUCUGAUUGCUGUCUUUGCAAUAGCCAAUCAAAUGUAUGGCUGUAUGCUAGCUGUUACAAUGGAGCUUUUGUGCAAGUUAUUUAUGUAAUUCUAAAGUUACUUUGUUUCCAGUGUUAACUGUUUCAAUGGGUUUCCAUCAGUUGACCUUAGUGUUAAGGUUCUGCUUUACCUGUACUGUAUUUUAUGAAAUUUGUGCCAUCUGUCAUUAAGCCAUGUACUGCUGUGAUACAUGGGACAUUUAAGUGUCUUUGAUGUGAUGUCUGUGUAGAUACAUUGAUGUGGAUAGAACUCUGUUCUAAAGUCUCACAGGGGAGCUGUGAUAGGGGACAAAUGGAUAGACAAAGAUUAGUCAUAGGUAGUGACUUUUUUUUUAAGAUCAUACAACAUGUAUGGUGUGAUUUCUGUACCAAAGAGAUGCUUAUUUCUGUGUAAGAGAAAAACAUAUAUUCUGAAAAUUGUAAUUUUUAAAUGUAUAAGAAUAAAUGUAUUACAAGUAAA